AUGGCUUUACUUACAACACUCAUCAACAUCUACUACAAUAUCGUUCGUUAUUUCAUGUCGUUAAUCUUCUUUUUUGGAAUUACCGGUUCAUUAUUGAACAUUAUCUUGUUUUCUCGCCAAAAACUAAGACAAACAUCAUGCUGUAUUUUAGAUUUUCUUGCAGCAUCAUUCAGUAGCCUUCUGUCGUUACUUUUUGGUUUAAUUCCGACGUUUUAUCUACUCAAUAACGUCUAUCCUGGUAACUAUUCCGUUGUGUUCUGUAAAAUGCAAGGAUACAUCACUCAUACAAGCCUUCAAAUGACACGAGUGCUUCUCGUUCUGGCUUGUUUCGAUCGUUACGCUCUUAGUUCAUCCAGUAGUUAUUUGAGAAAGUUUGCAACUGUCUCCAUUGCACGUCGAUGCGUUCCUGUCGUAAUGUUAUCAUGUUAUUUAAUCGCAAUUCAUUUAAUUAUUUAUCUUGAUGUUGUCAAUAGUUCUUGUGGUAUUUAUCAAUUAUCAGUAUUAAUCUAUAAUAGUGUUUAUUCGAUAGCAACAAUAUCGAUUACAAUGCCUUUGCUCAUGUUCAUUUUUUCGUUCUUAACGUUUGUGAAUUUAAAACAGCGUCAAAAGAAACGACAGCAAAUGAAUUCAGCAGCGAUUCAUCGAGAUAUCAUUCGCGAUAAGAAGGUGUUUUUUACGUUAUUAGUGCAAUUAUUGUUGUAUUUCAUAUCAACAGGAUUGUAUGCACCGAAUAUCAUUUAUACAACAAUUACGCAAAAUAUGCCGAAAUCAUCGGAUCAACAAGUGAUUGGACUCUUUAUUAACGCAUUUGCGCUGCUUCUUAUCUAUAUCUAUCCUGGCUUCUCAUUUUUGGCUUUUACAGUUUCAUCGAAAACAUUCCGAAGAGAAUUAUUCAAUUUAAGGAAACUAUUUCCAUUUUACUGCGUACGACGCACAGCAGUGUUACCUUACACGACUACGAAUCGAAGGAUGAACACAAACGACGCAACCAAUAAUCAAACAUUUUGA